AUGUAUCUAAUCUAUCCAUUCUGUCCAAUCUAUCUAAUCUAUCUAAUCUACGGAAUCUAUGUAACCUAUCUAAUUUAUGUGAUCUCUCCAAUCUAUCGAAUCUAUCUCAUCUAUCUAAUCUAUCAAAUCUACCUAAUCUAUCUAAUCCAUCUAAUCUAUCUAUCUAAACUAUCUAAUCUAUUUAAUCCAUCUAAUGUAUCUAAUCCAUCUAAUCUAUCGAAUCUACAUAAUCUAUUUAAUCUGUACAAUCUAUCUAAUCUAUCUAAGCUAUGUAAUCUAUCUAAUCUAUUUAUUCUAUCUAAUCUAUCUCAUCCAUCUAAUCUAUCUAAUCUAUCUAAUCUACCCAAUCCAUUUAAUCUACCGUAUCUAUCCGAUCUAUCUAAUCUACCUAAUCUAUCGAAUCUAUCUCAUCCAUCUAAUCUAUCUAAUCUACCUAAUCUAUCUCAUCCACUAAUCUAUCUAAUCUAUCCAAUCUUUCCAAUAAAUCUAAUCUAUCUAAUCUCUCUAAUCUAUCCAAUCCAUCUAAUCUAUCGAAUCUAUCCAAUCUAUCUAAUGUCUCUAUCUGUCUAUCUAAUCUGUCUAAUAUAUCUAAUCUAUCUAGUCUAUCUCUGUAAUCUAUCUAAUAUAUCUAAUACAUAGAAUCGAUCUAAUCUAUCUAAUCUAUCUAAUGGAUCUAAUCUAUCGAAUCUAUCUGUCUAAUCUAUCGAAUCUAUCCAAUCAAACUAGUCUAUAUAAUCUAUCUAUCUAAUCUGUCUAAUUCAUCUAUCUAAUCUAUAUAAUCCAUAUAUCUAAUCAAUCUAAUCUAUUUCUCUGAUCUAUCUAAUCUAUCGAAUAUACCUCAUCCAGCUAAUGCAUCUAUCUAUCUAACCUAUGUAUCUAAUCUAUCCAUGUAAUUUAUCUAUCUAAUCUAUCUACCUCAUCUUUCCAUCUAAUCUAUCCAAUCCAUCUAUCUAAUCUAUCUAUCUAAUUCAUCUAUCUAAUCAAUCUGCCUAAUCUAUCCAUCUAAUCUGUCUAUCUAAUCAAUCUAUGUAAUCUAUCUAAUCUAUCCAUCUAAUGUAUCUAUCUAAUCUCUCUAAUUUAUCUAUUUAAUCGAUAUAAUCCAUCUAUAUAAUCUAUCUAUAUAAUCUAUCUAAUUUAUGUAUCCAAUCAAUCUAUCUAAUCUAUCUAUCUAGUCUAUCUAUCGACCUAAUCUAUCUAUCUAAUCUAUAUAUAUAAUCUAUCUAUCUAAUCUAUCCGUCUAAUCCAUCUAUAUAAUCCAUCUAUCUAAUCUAUCUACCUAAUCUAUCUAUAAAAUCUAUCUAAUCUAUCCAUCUAAUCUACCUCUCUAAUCUAUCUAUCUACUCUAUCUAUCUAAUCUAUCUAUCUAAUCCAUCCAUCGGGUCUAUCUAUGUAAUCUAUCUAUAUAAUCUAUCUAUCGAAUCCAUCUAUUUAAUCUAUUUAUCUAAUCAAUCU